CCCUUCUUUCUUCCCAACUCUCCUCCUCCUAAACCUUCCCUCUUUUUUCUCACAUCAAAUCAGCCUAUUUUCUUGCAUGGAGCUUUCCCUUCCACUAAACAUGAACGCUACCAUUAAGCUAGGUGUGAGACAACCUACGACUUUCUGCUUCUUCUUUCCUUGUCUCUCAUCCUGGGAAGCCUAGUCGCCAAGUCUUUUGCAUCAUAAAACCUAGCUUUCCCCUCACAAUAUUUCUCACAUUCGACGACGCCGAACAACAAUCCAAUUAGCCUCCAUUAUGCUUCACCACAACGACGACGACAACAACAACAACAUGGCUCAUCAUCAUCUUCCUCAAGAGCAGCUUCCCAUGGAGGAGAUUACAAGCCCCUUGAGUGCACAACUUCUAGAGUUUUGUGAGUCGGAGCUGUUCCCGGAGACGGCGGCGGCGGCGGUGCAAAUUUCCGAGGUGGGUUCGAGCUCCAAUUGUUGUUACGAGGAACAUUCGUCGCAUUCCACGGGUCUUUCCCACACUCAAGACAUGACUAAGUUCUCCGGCGGUGCCGGAGCUGAAAAGAACGACGAAAUUGCCACCGCCGGCGACAAUACCACGGCGGCCGGCGCCGGCGCUGUCAACAAUAACAACAACUUGUCCGUCUUUUUCGACCCACAAGAAGACGACAUUUCGCGUUCUAUAGACUUUAACUUCACCAUCCCGCCGCAGUUCCUCCUCGACGGCCAGUUCGACCUCUCGUUGCUCAACGGCCAAGGGCCCGUCCCUAACGGCGGCGGCCAGUACCCGCCGGAGCAGCCGCCGGUUCAACUGAUUCCGCCGCCUCUGCCUCAACCGUACGAGGAAGAAUGUUUGUCGUCUGUUCCUUCGUCUUACAUGCCGUCUUGUUCAAUCCUAGACUACCUCCCCCUCCCCCUCCCCGCUGAAAACUCCGGCGUCUUCGCCGGCGGCGCCAUGUUUCAGCCUCAAGAACUGGACUUUCAAGCAGACAAUAAUGGCAGCAGAUCACUUUUUUGCCCUGACACCAUCUCACGGCCUUACAACUUCUCCAAUGACCUUCAGGCAGUGAGCAGUGAAAGCCAACACCUGGUUAGUGGAGCAGGCAGCACUUCGACGCCAUUGGCAUCAGACAUCACAAGCUUAGAGGAUUCCACCUUCAAAGUUGGAAAGCUUUCUGUGGAGCAAAGGAAGGAGAAGAUCCAUAGGUACUUGAAGAAAAGGAAUGAGAGGAAUUUCAGUAAGAAGAUCAAGUACGCGUGCAGGAAAACUCUGGCGGAUAGCCGGCCACGGGUGAGGGGAAGAUUUGCGAAAAACGAUGAAUUUGGUGGGGAGAGAGAGGCGGCAAAAGGCGGCGGCGGCGGCAGCCAUGGCACGCCGGAGGAGGAAACAAUAACUGAAGAUGUUAGAAUGAGUCUCCUCUACGAUCCAAAUCAGGCGGCGGCGCUGCAGCCUCACAACGGCGGCCGGAUUUUCGCCGCGAAUUGUCUGCCGCCGCCGGCCAAUCCUUACGAGAUGUGCACCAAUACUUUGUACUGCACGGACAGCCAGAUGCGUUGAGAGAGAUGGGGAAGAUGAAUAACGGAAUACCUAUAAUAACUGUCGCGGUUAGUCAUUAUAUAUGUAGUAAGAGCAGUGUAAAUCCAUGCAUUAUAUUGUAAAUCUAGAAAUUAAAUUUCUAUGAUGAGUACUUCCCUCACUA